AUGGAGCCCGGCUAUGUGCAGGCGGAGAUGGCAAUGGGAGAUGUCUCGGCGAAAAUAUCGGCUCGGAACGUGGCGGUGGAAAGAAAGAACCUCAUUACCGUCUGCAGGUUUUCAGUUAAGACCCUGUUAGAGAAAUAUACAGCCGAGCCCAUCGAUGACUCCGCUGAGGAGUUCAUCAACUUCGCAGCAGUCCUCGAACACAUCCUCAGUCACCGGUUCAAAGGUUCUAGUAGCUGGUUUGAUGGUCAGAGGAGUUAUUGGGACUAUGUCCGUCUGGCCUGUGCAAAAGUUCCCAACAGCUGCAUCAGCAGCAUUGAGAUCAUGGAAAACAUCAGCACGUCGAAAGCAAAGGGUCAGGCCUGGAUGAGAGUAGCUCUCAUGGAAAAGAGGCUGUCUGAGUACAUCGCCACUGCUCUGAGGGACAGCAGGACAACCAGGAGGUUCUAUGCAGAAGGAGCCAUCAUGUUGAGAGAAGAGGCGACGGUGUUAACGGGGAUGCUUUUAGGCCUGGGAGCCAUAGAUUUUAGUUUCUGCCUAAAAGGGGAGGCCCUGGAUGGGAAGUCCUCCGCAGUGAUCGACUACACUCCUUACUUAAAAUUCACACAAAGCUACGAUUACCUGAGUGACGACGAUGAUCGGCGGAGCGUCGACAGCAGCACGAGUGACGACAGCGUCCCUGAGCACCCUUACGUCCCCCUGGUCGCCGACGAGGAGAGCUGGAGCACAAAGUGCCGCAAGAUGGAGCAGAGGUUCAAGAUCGUCAACGCGCAGAAGGGUUACCUGGAAGAGCUCGUGCGCCUGCGGGAAUCCCAGCUGAAGAACGCAGAGAUGGAGAACAAAAAUCUGAAGGCUCGGCUGGAGGAGGCGCAGAGUCUGAGCCGACAGGAGAAAUCGGAGCUGGAAGCUGUCAUCCUGGAGCUUCAGGAGCAGAUGACCAGUCUGAUUCCCUGUGAUUCCAACCAUCUGGCCCACAACCUCUCGAUCCCACUCAUCAACCAGUGGUCAACACUCGAGACGUACGGCAGCCAAGAGAACGUGAAGCUGUUCCGCAGGAGGAGUUUCCCGAGCGCAGAGCUGCUGUCAGUGGAAGAUUUGGGUUCCCAAAGGAAACAGAACGGAGGGGCCUGGUGCACAGAAAAAGACUACAGUCCCUCCAUGGUGGGACUGUGUGGGUCCAUGGCUUCCCUCCCAAGCAGCAAAUCUCUGGCUAGUCUCAAAUCCAGCGAGUGCCUGGUGAACAUCAGCACAGAAAACAGCCCUGCCCUGUCCCCCCGCUAG